AUGGCGCCCAUUACUCUCAAGAGAUUUGACAUCACGAAGAACGCUUUUCUACCUACCGAGCCACCCCUGGCUUGCCUGCCGAACACAUACUACCAGCCUUGGGAGGCGAUCGCCCAAGAUCUACCCGCGCUCAUCCGUAAUCGCGAGUUGUCGAUUGCGGUUAAGUACCUGCCAUUUCUUGACGUUGACUACCUCGCAACUGAGCCCGAGUGGAGAAGAGCCUAUGUCGCGCUGCCGUACUCGCUCAUGCCUACAUCUGGGGAGGAGAGGCACCGGAGGAGGAGAGGUACCGGAGGAGGAGAGGUACCGGAGGAGCAAAUAUCCGUCCCGCUCCGCACCGUAUCCGCACACGUCGAGCUUCCGCCGGUGCUGACCUGCGCCGCCGUCAACGUCUGGAACUACACCGUCCCGGAUCCCCGUACCUCCCUCACCGACCCCGACGCGCUCUCCGUGCCCACCACUUUCACGGGCACCGACUCCGAGGCCUGGUUCCAGAGGAUCGGCACCGCCAUCGAGGCCCAAGGCGGCCCCGUCGUCGACGCCCUGCUGACUGCCCUGCACGCCAUCCACAGCGGCGGCGACGACUUGGAACCCGUCACCGCCGCACUGGUCCAGCUGCGGAUGUGCCUCGAAAGCGCCACCCGCACCCUCGAGCGCAUGCACGAGCGCUGCGACCCGCUGACCUUUUGCCACCAGAUCCGGCACUUCUACGCGGAAUCCCGGAACCUGCGCGCCGCCGGCCUGCCGCGCGGCGUCUUCUACAGCAGCGACGCCUGCGGCGGCGGCGAGUGGAUGCGGCUGCCGGGCGGGAGCAACGGCCAGAGCGCGCUGCUCCAGCUGUUCGACGUUGUUCUGGGGAUGGGCCCCGGCUGCGGCGGCGGCUGUGGGUGCGGGCGCCGCGAAGAGUACCACCUCGGCACGCGGGCCUGCACGCCCGGCCCGCACCGGCGGUUCCUAGAAUGGGCGGCGCAGGCAGGAAGCAUCCGGGUGCUCGCGCUCUGCGUGGGUGUCGAUGUGGAGGAGCAGGCGAGGCUCAGGGCGGCGUUUGCGGGGGCGGCUGAGGCGAUGAGCGCGUUUCGCACCAAGCACAUCCAGAUUGUCACGCGGUACAUUGCCAUGCCUCUGAAAAGACCGUGGUUGGGAUCAGUGCAACGCAGGAGCCUGCCGCUGUUGCUGCCAUCAGGCCUGGGCGAUGACGGGGUCAAGGGAACGGCGGGGACGACAAUGCUCGAGUUUCUGAAAUCGUUGGGAAUGAAACGGCCCAUGCGGCUCGGUUCGCUGAGUCACCUUGAAGCUGAACGUCUAAACCGAAAGAGCUAG